UAUGAAUAAUCAGUUAGCAACAAAACCCAUCACCACUUGAAAAAAUAUGGCAUCAAUUCCAACUCCGACCGUGAAGGAUGAUGCCGCCGCCCCAACAACCAUCCGUGCCACCGUUGUCCAAGCUGCCACUGUGUUCUACGAUACCCCUGCCACUCUCGAUAAAGCAGAGAGGCUGGUAGCCGAAGCAGCCUCUAACGGUGCACAACUGGUGGUGUUUCCCGAAGCAUUCAUCGGCGGGUAUCCCCGCGGAUCCAACUUUGGAGCCACCGUCGGCCACUUCAACCCCACCGCCGCUGAACAGUUUUGGUGCAAUACUAGUCCAGAGAUGGAUCGGCUGGCGAGAAUAGCAGAGAGUUACAAGGUGUUUCUGGUGAUGGGAGUGAUCGAGAGAGAGGGAUACACUUUAUACUGCAGUGUUGUCUUCUUUGACCCUCAAGGAUGCUACCUCGGCAAGCGGAGGAAGUUCAUGCCCUCCACGGCCGAGCGCAUCGUCUGGGGCUUCGGAGACGGAUCCACCACUCCCGUGUUCGACACCCCCAUCGGGAAGCUGGGGGCCGUGAUCUGCUGGGAGAACAAGAUGCCGCUGCUGAGGACAGCGAUGUACGCGAAAGGGAUCGAGAUAUACUGCGCGCCAAACGCGGACGACAGAGAGGUGUGGCAGCCAACGGUGAGGCACAUCGCCAUAGAAGGGGGCGUGUUCGUUCUCUCCGCAUGCCAGUUCUGCCUCAGGAAGGACUUUCCAGCCCCUCCUGAGUACUCGCUGGCAGAGUGGGAGAACGAGCUCCAGCCGGACUCUGUGGUCAGCGCGGGGGGCAGCGUCAUCGUUGCCCCCUCAGGGGAGGUCUUGGCGGGGCCCAAUUUCGAGGGGGAGGGGCUUAUCACUGCUGAUUUAGAUUUGAAGGAUGUGGCGAUAGCAAAAUUCUCUUUUGAUGCGGUUGGCCACUAUUCUAGACCAGAUAUUCUCAACCUUAUUGUCAAUGAGCGUGCUAUGAAGCCGGUUUCCUUCACUUCCCACAAAUGACACUAGUCUACCACUGCAUUAAUAUUUUCUUUUCUUCUUGUCUUGAAUAAAUCUGCUUGUAUCAACUUGUGUGUAAGUAGUACUCCUAUGUAAAAGUUUUUUUGAAAUCUCAACUCAAAACUUGUUAAUGGCGGAAACUUAGAAUGUAUGGUCUCUCCCCAUAAAGGUCCAUCAAAAAAACUUUCAAUGAUAUCAACAUAAAUUUGGUUGCUUUCA